AUGUGUGUUGAAUUUGGAUGUUUGAAUCUUUACACGUCACUCAACAUAAAAUUUCCCUUCAUGUUACAAUCAUCUUCACUCGUUUGUAAUGUAACAAAAAGCCAAUAUUUGUUAUCUCUGUCUUGGUUAUCCAACAAUAUGAGGGCUGAUUCUUCACUCACAAGACAACAUCAUCUUGAGGGUUCCAUUACCAAAACUGCGUUAUUCUGUUUUGAGGCGUUGACAGUUUCAUGUGCAAUAAAAAAAAUCCGCAAAAGAAACUCUCGUAUUGCAUGUAAACAAACAAACGGCACAGAAAAAGGAGCAGCAACAAUAAAAGUAUGCACAAUAAAACCAAAGACAGAGAAGAACGAUUUUAAUGGGAUCCCAAAAAGAAACCUCGAGCAUAGUUUCGUCAGCAAUACCUUCAUGCGAGUCUUUUUCUUGCUUGCCAAAAAAGGCGGAGUAGCCACAUCACGCUUAACGGUAUUUAAUGGCGACAAAACCCUCAUAGAUGCGGGGGUGGAUUUUUCUUAUUUGUUUUUCACUCUCACACUUCUGGCCACGGCUCUGUGUGUCACCAACAAAAAGGAAAAAGCGGACUGGCACCAACAAAUUAACUUUGAAAUGUUGAAUUCAAUUUCAUGUUGA